AUUUCAUUUGCCCCAAAUAUUCACUGACACUGCCUGGGAUUUGACAUCAAUGGCAGUUAAGAGCUCACAAUAUUGAACACUUAUGUCAUUAACUAAUGAAUACUGGACCAUUUCCAACCUAUUGAGGGCCACAGAUAUGACUCUAUGCCCUCUGGGAAGACAGAGAUGUUAGAUUCGACAUAACAGCACAACAGAUGAAAACACGUCCAGGAGAAGCACUAAUAGACUGUCUGGACUCCAUAGAAGACACGAAAGGAAACAACGGCGAUCGAGGUCGACUGUUGGUGACAAACCUGAGAAUCAUUUGGCACUCUAUAGCUCUGCCAAGGGUCAAUUUGUCUGUGGGUUACAACUCCAUCAUCAACAUCACAACGAGGACAGCGAACUCAAAACUUAGAGGCCAAACGGAAGCACUCUACAUCUUAACAAAGUCCAACAACACAAGAUUUGAGUUCAUCUUCACAAAUGUGGUUCCAGGGAGUCCACGGCUCUUUACCUCUGUCAUUGCUGUCCACAGGGCUUACGAGACGUCGAAAAUGUACAGGGACCUGAAAUUGCGAGCUGCUCUCAUUCAAAAUAAGCAGCUUAGACUGUUGCCCCGCGAGCAAGUGUAUGAUAAAAUUAAUGGAGUUUGGAAUCUAUCCAGUGAUCAGGGUAACCUCGGAACCUUCUUUAUCACCAAUGUCAGGAUUGUGUGGCACGCCAACAUGAACGAGAGCUUCAAUGUCAGCAUUCCUUACCUUCAGAUUUGGUCCAUCAGGAUAAGAGACUCAAAGUUCGGUUUGGCUUUGGUGAUUGAGAGUUCACGCCAGAGUGGUGGAUACGUGCUCGGCUUUAAAAUCGAUCCCGUGGAUAAGCUUCAGGAUGCUCUUAAGGAAAUCAACUCAUUGCAUAAGGUGUACUCUGCCAACCCAAUAUUUGGAGUGGAAUAUGAAAUGGAAGAAAAGCCACAGCCGCUGGAAGAACUCACAGUGGAACAGCCUGCUGAUGAUGUGGAGAUUGAGCCCGAUGAGCAGACUGAUGCUUUUACCGCUUACUUUGCUGAUGGAAAUAAGCAGCAAGAUCGAGAGCCAGUGUUCUCCGACGAACUUGGCCUCGCUGUUGAAAAGCUGAAGGACGGCUUCACACUUCAAGGACUGUGGGAAGUCAUGGGCUGAAAUAAUAUGAAACAUGUAUGAGCUCUAUGUAGAUAUUGUGAUCAUUAAGGCAGCAGUAUAUAUAUUUAUAGGCCAGGUGGAAAGUUGUACAGUUUGUGCAUAGGUACUUUUUCAUAAAAAGAAAAUAUUCAAGUACGUGUGUGACAUACGUAUUGUUGGGAUAUUUGUAUAAACCACAUUUUUUUGUCGUGAAUAAAAUGUGAAUUAUAAUGUACUUUGUAAUAUUUAAAUGUAAUAAAUGUAUUUAAAUAGA